AUGGAUUCCACCGCUGUGCAGCCAAUCUCGAACGACGCCGUGGCCAGUGCCCCCCCGGAGCCGGUGGUCGAUACCCCCACGCAGGCGGAUUCCACGGCGGCAGAGCCCACUUCGAACGACGCCGUGGCCAAUGCUCUUCCAGAGCCGGUGGUCGAUGCCCCCGCGGAGCCGGUGGCGGAUGCACCCUCGCAGAUGGAUGCCGUCUUUGUAGAUCCGUUGCCUCUUGUGCCGACGCCAGAGAAGACGCCUGCCGCCCCGCAGCAAGAAGGCCAGGCGGAUCCCACCGCUGGCGAGCCGCAGCCAGAACCUCGGGCGCAGCCAACCGACACGGAUACCGUGGAGGAGGAGAUGAAGAAGAUGUUCCAGAACGAGGUCACGGAGCAGAAGAAGGGUGAGACCGAGUCGGAGAUGGAAGAGCAGUUCGAGAAGAGUUUCUUGGCCCCAACGGCGCAGCAUGACGAGACGACGGCCCAGGCAAUGGAGAACAUGGAGCAAUGA